AUGUCGGACAUCGAAUCCCUCCCCGAAUCUCCAGUGCCAGAUCGCGAUGAAGAGCCUCGCGAAGGCGCCGGAGGUGCGACCGCUCACGAGCUAUCCGACGACGACCUGCUGUCAGAAAUCGACGAGGAUCAGUUCGAGGACUACGACCCAGAGACGGCAAACAUUGAGGAUCGUCCGGUAGCGGUCGAUGAAGAUGUGGCCAAGACGCUCAAGGCGUCAAAGCGCAAGAUCGCCGACGGCGCAAAAGCGAAGAAGCCCAAGGAAGGACGCCGAGAGAAGAAGAGAUCACGCGACGAUGAAGUCUCUGGCGAGGCGGACGGCGAUUCGAGAGGCCCGGCUCGGAAGUCGAGACGCCAGGCCGAUGCCGGCGAGAGGAAGCCGCGGCCCAGCAAGCCUGCCGAGCCUGAGAUUGACGACGAGUCUCAUCUCAGCCCCGAGGAGCGCAGACGGCGGGCGAUUGAUCGGGCGUUGGACGCCGCGAUGAAAGGACCAGCCAAGCGCAAGAAGAAGAAGGACGAGAUUGACCUCGAAGACGAAAUCGACGAGGAGAUUGCCGAUCUCAAGGUCGCCAUGGAGAAGGCUUGCGAAGCUGACAACACUGCGCGCGAGGCCGGUCAACCAGCUGUUCACAAGCUGAAGCUCCUACCAUUAGUGACGGGCCUUCUGAACAGGAAUAAUAUCCAGCACGCCAUCCUCGACCCCGAUACCAACUUCCUCCAGCACGUCAAGUUCUUCCUCGAACCCUUGAACGACGGCAGUCUGCCUGCGUAUAAUAUCCAGCGGGACAUCUUCAACACGCUCAUCCGGCUUCCCAUAGAGAAGGAGACCUUGCUGAGCAGUGGCAUCGGAAAGGUCGUCUACUUUUACACCCGCUCCAAGAGGCCCGAACCCAGCAUCAAGCGCAUGGCCGAGCGCCUCUUGGGUGACUGGAGCCGGCCAAUCCUCAAGCGAACUGACGACUACAAGAAGCGCCACGUCGAGACGCGCGAGUUUGACUACGAGGCUCUGAAAAUGUCCCAACGCCAGGUCGGAAGCUCCCAGUUCACCCUCACGCAGCGUCCUUCCCAGUCCGCCAGAGAACUGGAGCGCGAGGCCAUGCUCGCGCCCGUCGCUACAUCGAACCGCGCCCGUCCUGGCGGUCUUCCCGACAGCUACACGAUCGCACCCAAGAGCACAUACGACGUCUCGCGAGCGCCCGAGCACCGCCCCAUCGGUGCCGGCGGUCUAGAGGCGUUCCGAAAGAUGACCCAGAACCGCAAGAAGCGGUAA